AUGAAAUAUGGAAGAGAAAUCCGUCCCCCGUCGGGAGGCGUCGGGAGGUGGCGCGGAGGGUCGUCGGGAGGUGACGCCCGGGGCGUCGGGAGGCGGUGCGGGGGGUCGUCGGGAGGGGGCGCUAGGCGCCGGGAGGUGGCGACGCGCAGGGCGUAGGGUGGCGGCGCGGGGCGCCGGGAUGCGACGCGCGGGGCAUCGGGAGGCGGCGCGGGGGCGCCAAGAGGCGACGCGCAGGGCGUCUAGAGGCGACGGGCGAGGCGACACGUCAGGCGUCUGAAUGCGACGUGCGAGGCGUCGGGAGGUGGCUUGGGGCGCCAGGAGGCGACGCGCGGGGCGUCUGGAGGCGACGGGAGAGACGACACGCGAGGCGUCUGAAGGUGACGUGCGAGGCGUCGGGAGGUGGCGCGGGGCGUCAGGAGGUGGCGCGGGGUGCCGGGAGGCAACGCGUGGGGUGUCAAGAGGUGGCGCGGGGCGCCGGGAGGCGACGCGCAGGGAGUCGGGAGGCGGCGUGGGGCGCCGAAGGCGACACUGGGCGUGCCGGGAGGCGACGCAAAGUCCCCGAGCUGACGAGAAGAGAACUUGGUAUCUCUAUGAAGUCGAGGGCACGCCGGAGAGGGAGGCGGCUACUGGAGAGAACCUGGCUCUGAUACCAUAUUGACACAGGUGAGGAAAACCCUCCUAUCGAACACUAUCGAACACUAUCAGUAAGAGAAAAAAUCUACCAUGCAAGUCACACUGAGUUUUCAGUUGACAUCCAUACAACUCAAGAAUCAAGUUAGAAUCCUUCUAACAAGAAGCAAGCAGAAUAGCCAUUGAGUUAAAUAUUUUCUUUCCCUCCACCAGUCGUCCUCAUACCUGCUUCCCAUGUUAUGGGCAUCUAUGCAUGUCGAAACUAGGACCUGGCCUUUCAAGGUAACAUAGUAGAGAUAUCCUCCUUAUAAGUGGCAAGUGGCUGCAAUACUAAUUUUAUAUUUUAUGCGCUAGGCAUGACAUCUCAAAAAUACUAGCAAAGGUUCAAAAAUGGAAUGCUACCCUACUGGCAACAUGGCAAAAUUUCAUGCACAAAACUUGGUCUGAAACUAUAUUAUCUACGCUGAUAAAUGAAUAAAACUUGGACUAUCCUCCACAAACCAAGAUUAUCAGUCAAUGAAAUAUAAACAAAUUAUUUAAAUCAACAUCAGUUGUUUCCACAUUCAAAAUUAUGUACUCUGCUGAUAAACUAUAUUUUGAUAUUGAUUAAACAAAUCGUUCUACAUAAUGCUGCAAAACAAACUCAAUAUAUGAUCAAGGUGUGCAAAAUGAAAAGAAAAAGGAACAUAUGAUCAGGAGAUUUAGACAAGGACGUAGAUGUCAGGAGUUGACUAGAACACCUCGUGUUGAGCAUAAUAAAUGCUCCGAGAGCAUAUAUAUAUAUAUAUAUAUAUAUGUACAAAAAUAGAAGAAAUCGUGUUAGAAUGAAACCACUCGGGUACUUGAUAGAAUAAGAUCAGUUAAAUCGUGUUGGAAUUAAAGGUAAAGAAAACAAAUCAAGUUAUAAGAAUGUCAGGAAGUUUGACACUAUUCUAACGUCAAGAACAUAUUGCGACUAGAAAAAAGAAUACACCAGACCCAAGGGUCAGAAGAGGAUAUCUACUGACAUGUUGCACUCGUAAGGGGGAGUAUUGAUGUGCUACUAGCAGGCCCAUCACAUCCUUGUAGAAGGAUGACAUAAAGAAGCAGGCCGCCACCACUUCCAUCUCAUUUCACAUCCACAGGUAUCGAGGAACAACUCGCACACGAUGCAAAGGAUCUGCAGCAUCAGCCACACAAGGGUUCCAAGAAACAAGUCGGCUAUAAAGAAAUGAGGAGGAGGAGAGGAGGAUAGACGGCCAUUAGAAAAAUAUUCCCCGAAUAGAGAGUGGAGGUUUGCCCCCUCAUAGUGGCUAGUAUCAGGCUUCUGUCCAGUCCAUUAUUCUCUCCCCUCUUUCCGCCUCUCUCGUGUGUCUCCUUAGGGAGAGUCCUGUAUCGGGGUACGACCCCACCUUUUUCUCUUGUUUACAAACCAAACUACUUCGCGGUUCAUUUCCCUAUCCUACCAUCUCCCACGCCCUCGACCCUACUCUUCGCACCCCCACGGGACUCCCCGCAGUAAACAGAAAGGUCCAUCCAUCUCCGGAGAGAAGGGACCUAUCAAGCUGGUAUCAGAUCCCCCACCAUUCCUCCCAAAACCAGCCUCCGACAAGCCUUCCCAACCGUUUUUGUGCCUGUCAACGGCUUGCCACCAGCCCACAAAGUGGAUCAUGUGAUCCCAUAGGAGGCCGAUGCAAAACCCAUCAAUAGCCACCAGAUGGAGUUGGAAAGGAUGGUCCGCGAAAUGCUCACCUCUAGAGUCAUUCAGCAUUCAACCAGCCCAUACUUCAGCCCGACGCUUCUGUAAGGAAGAAGGACGAUUCGUGGUGGUUUUGUGUGGACUACUGCGCCCUCAACCGUGUCACCAUGCCGGAUCGAUUCUCAAUUCCCAUCAUCGAGAAACUUCUAGACAAACUCCACGGUGCCAAAAUCUUCUCCAAGCUUGAUCCGCUCGGGCUAUCAUCAAAUAAAAGUCUGGAGUGAAGACGUCCCCAAGAUGGCCGUCUGCAUGCAUGAGGGACACUAUGAAUUUCUGGUCAUGCCGUUCGGACUCUCCAAUGCGCCGGCCACCUUCAAGUCACUAAUGAACUCGAUCUUUGCCAGUUACUUGUGCAGAUUUGUCCUCAUCUUCUUUGAUGACAUCCUGGUUUACAGCCUGAGCCCGAAGGAACACAAAGAACACCUAAGGCGCGUGCUAGCCGUCCUCCAUGCCAAUGCCAUGCACCUCAACCAGAAAAAGUGUUCUUUCGGGAAAGCCUAGAUGAUAUACUUGGCCCAUCAAGUCAUCGGCGAAGGGCAUGUGCAUUGACCCAGAGAAGAUCGAUGCAGUCAUCUAGUGGGCGCUGCCCACAAUGAUCCAUCAACUCCGAGGCUUCCUCGGUCUAACCGGUUAUUAUUGGUGCUUCAUCGCGUAUUAUGGCACGAUUGCCUGACAACUUAAGAAGGACGCGUUCAACUGGGAACAAAAGCGGACGCAGCUUUCCGACAGCUCAAGGAGGCCCUCACGACCACUGCGGUACCCGCUCUCCUCGAUUUCUCUAUUCCUUUUGAUAUGGAAGCCGAUGCAUCAGCUUGAGGUGUUGAGGCGGUCCAUAUACAACACCGGAAGCUUAUCGCGUACUUCAGCCAGGCCCACUUGGCACCGCACCAGCUGAAGAUGGUCUAUGAGUGAGAGCCCAUCACCAUCAUCCUGGCCAUCUUUAAAUGGAAGCACUACCUACUUGGCGCCAAGUUUGUAUCUACACCAACCAAAGGAGCCUCAAAUACAUUAUUGAUCAGUGGGAGAUCCUUCCAAGCUAUCGAAAGUGGAUCGGAAAGAUCAUCAACUUCCAAUUCAAGGUGUGGUACAAGGUCGGGGCUGAGAACAAAGCAGCAGAUGCAUUGUCCAAGUGACCCGACGACAUUGUAUACAACAGUUAGGAUUUGCACCAGCCAUAGUGGAUGGACAUGCCCCACGUCAUCCAUGAAUAUCCAUCCGAUCCACGACUGCGGACGAUCCUACAGGACCUUCAGACCCAGCCGAAGAGAUGGCCAAAGUACUCCUAGCGGCACGGAGUGCUCUUACACCACGGACAGCUAAUAAUUGCGCAGAAUUCCCCGUUCAUUUCCUUGCUUCUUCAUGAAUUCCAUGAUUCAGAAAUAAGGUGACACUCAAGAUUCAUACGCAAGUGGUUGGGUCAAAACGUGACCUAGACCGGAAUGAAGAAGGUAGUCCGUGACUACAUUGCCGCCUGUGGGAUCUGUUAAAGGAACAAGAGCGAGACCCUGCAACCAGCAGAUCUCCUGCAACUACUGCCCAUUCCCGAGCGCAUUUAGGAAGACAUAUCGCUGGAUUUCAUCGAAGGACUCCCAAAGUCUGAAGGGUUCAGCACUAUCUUAGUGGUCGUUGACUGCCUUAGCAAGUACAUGUAUUUCUCUCCAAUCAAGCACCCUUUCACAGCAAGUGAGAUCACCCACGUCUUCCUCAGAGACAUCGUCCACCUGCACGAGAUUCCUUAAUCCAUACUGAGUGGCCGUGACAAGAUCUUCAUGAGUACCUAUUGGUGAGAGCUUUUCAAGCUAUAAGGCACUCUUCUCGGACGAACUAGUGCAUACCAUCCCUAGACAAACGGCCAAACGGAAGUCGUAAACUGUUGUUUUGUAGGCGAUUGCCCCCGACAAUGGAGCAGAUGGCUCACCUAAAUGGAAUAUUACUACAACACCAACCUCCAUGUCUCGACAGGCAUCCCUCCCUGCUGCAUCGUCUACAGCAGACCCCAGCCAGCCUCCUACCAUACAAAACCAGUGCGACGCGAACAGACGAGGUCAACGGCCUGUUUGAAGAACACGAUGUUGCCUUUUGUCAGCUCAAGGAACAUUUGACCCUUGCCCAACAGAAAAUGAAAGCGAAUGCAGAUCGGCACCGUCAGGAGCUCGAGUUUGAGGUCGGCAAUCUCGUCUACCUCCGUCUACAGCCAUAUCGGCAACGCUCCUUGGCAAGGCGUGCCUACGAGAAGCUCGGGCCCUGCUAUUUUGGGCCAUUCGAAAUCGUGGAAAAAGUAGGAAUGGUUACCUACUGGCUCGUCCUACCUCCGACCGCGGGAAUCCACCUGGUUUUUCACGUGUCUCAACUCAAGAAAGCAGUAGGGAUGCCAACUGACUCUGCCGCUAGACAUGGAUCUUGCAUGGACAACAGAGCCUACUGACAUCAUCAGGAGCCUGAAAGCACCUAGGAAGUCGCCACACACCUUUGCCGACAAUUUCCCAACUUCCCCCUUCAAGACAAGGUGGCACUCGUAAAGGGGAAUAUUGAUGGGUUACUAGCGGGCCCAUCACAUAGUCACAAAAGGAAGACCCAAAGGAAGCAGGCCUCCACCACUUCUGGCUCAUUUCACAUCCACAGGUAUCGAGGAACAACUCGCACACGACGCAAAGGAUCGGCAGCAUCAACCACAAGUAUCGAGGGUUCCAAGAAGCGAGUCAGCCAUAAAGAGACGAGGAGGAGAGGAGGAUAGACGGCCAUCAGAGAAGUAUUCCCCGAGUAAAGAGUGGGGGUUUGCCCCCUCGGAGUGACUUGUAUCAGGCUUUUGCCUAGUCCAUUGUUCUCUCCCCUCUUUCCCCCUCUCUCGUGUGUCUCCUUAGGGAGAGCCCUGUAUCGGGGUACAACCCCACCCUUUUUUUCCAGUUCUCUUGUUUACACACCCAACUACUUCGCGGUUCAUUGCUCUCUCCUACCAUCUUCCGCGCCCUCAGCCCUAGUCUUUGCACCCAAGUGACUCCCCCUCGGUAAACAAAAAGGUCCAUCCAUCUCCGGAGAGAGGGGACCUAUCACUCCACCAGUUCGCUUUUCAAACCAAAGCAGUUGAUAUAUCAUAAGAAGACAUUUUCAACGGCAAAAAACUAACCUUGUCAGGAAGAAGCGUGGUUUUUCUGCGUUUCUUGCCCCACUGUCAUAGUCCUCCAUCUGCCUCCUCUCCCUUCCACUCUCUACUAAAUAACUCACCGCACUCCUCAAGAGACUUGAUCUCCUCCACCUCGGCCGACCUCCCCAUUUCAUUCUCGUUGGCAACUCUCCUACUCCUCGCAACUCUCCCUAUCCUGGAGGUCCCAGCAGCGGAAGUCCCCUCCACUUGGACCACCGGAUUCGACGGCGCCACCCGGCCUCUGCGCGCCCCACUACGAAACGCCGGGAUCCUUCAUCCAUGAAACCGCUUGCCCCCAACCCUACCUCCCCUCCGAUCCCCCUGAGGCUUCUUCUGAGCACCCACCAAUCGACUGACUCAGCCGGGGUACGCCAGACGGCGAACCAGUUCAGCGCCAGAGAUGGACAACGCAGCUCCCAGAGAGGACAGAUCGGGAAUUAGGGUGGCAUCAAUGAGAAUUCAAGAGGAAAAAUAAUAUGAAAACCCUGGAAAAUUCCAGACUUGAAGAACGCAGCGAGACACAGAGAGAGAGAGAGAGAGAGAGAGAGAAAACGGUUACUGGGACGAUCGGGCCUUGGUCGCUGCUCUUUAGGCCCACGAAUAGGUAGGCCCAUAUUGCAAUUACCCCAUUGGGCCAGGCCUGUGCAGCACAUCCACGUGAGGAAUUUGGAGAUAUUCCUCAUCCGUCACAGCGUAAACGGGCCCAAACCCUAUCCCGGGCCGUGGGCCGCACUAGAUGAGGCCCAACCCGAAACAUAAUGGGCCUUGUAGCGCGGAAAGGAUCGAAUGAACCCCGAUGUAUGGCCCAUAAUGUAAUCCGAUAGUCAUUGCCUAACAUUUAAUAUUAUAUGGAUUGCCCACGACGACGUAGACUGGCACGUGCUAGAGCAUCAUAAUCUGUGGAUCAACGCGUGCCAUGGAAUAGCUGAAAAAAAAAUGGACACGGCCGCCUCCCCCCGCCUUCGUCAUCUGCCAUUUCUCCUUUAUAACCCCUCCCACCCCCCUCUUCCCCCGUCUCAUUCUCUGUAUCUCUCUGUCUGUAGCCAAUCUCUCUCUCUCUCUCUAGGCGAUCUGUGCUCUCUCGCUCAACUGGUGGUGAGGCUAUGGCGGAGGAUCUGCUGGAAGGGACGGUCCACGCAGAGGUAGCAGGAGCCACGGCGGACCAGGUGUGGAGGCUGCUCGACUUCUGCAACAUCCAGCGGGUGAUGGCAACCAUGGAGUCCUGCACCAGAGUGGAGGGCAUCGACGGCGAGCCAGGAUGCAAGAGGUACUGCGUCGGGAAGCCCACCGCCUUCGGCUAUGGCGGGGAGGCCUUCGUCCCCUGGGCGUACGAGAGGCUGCUGGCGAUCGAUCCGGCGGAGCGGAGCUACUGGUACAAGGUCACGGACAGCAAUUUAGGGCUCCGGGGGUACACCGCCGAGAUGAAGGUCAUCGACGACGGCAGCCGGUGCACGCUGGAGUGGUCGUUCACGGCGGAGUCCCUGGGGAUGACAACCAGGGACACCUUCGUGCAGAACCUCCGGGAGACACUACGGGGCAUCGCGCAGUGUAUCGAGGCCGCCGUCGCGUCGGGAGAGGCCUGAUUCUCUCUCUCUCUCUCUCUCUUACCUCUCUCUGUAUCUUCCUCUCUCCGAUUGACAGAUUUUUCGGUGACCAGUCAUCUAGUUUUUUCUGCCUUCUUCAGAGCUUGCCUUGUUGAAUUGGACUCAACGACUUGGUCGUAGAGAUUCUGCUUUAAAAAAACAUCCGAGCCGGUCUCCAUCUAGGAGAUGAGAGAGAGAGACAGAUGGAUAGAGAACGAGUGGCGGCUAAAGAGGUCGUACGGUCAUUCCACGGUCUAAGAAUGACGUGUCAUCUGAUAUCAGCUCCACAUACGAAAUUAGCCGUUCUUCCUGUGGGGACCGAGAAAAGGGACCGGUACUUCAGUCAACGACCCAGGCCCAAAUCGGAGGGAGUGGACAGAGCCCAUAAUGCCAAGGCCCAGAGAGGCCCAUUAACGCACCUUCAGGAGCCCGUUCUCGACGCGUGCAGGAAGCCCAAACUCAUCUCCCAGCUAUAUACUCAAUGAGGCGCCGGUCGAGGUCGAAGUGCCGGCACAGAAUGCGCUGCAGCCAGAGGAACAGCCAAGCCCGGUCAGUCAGUGUUCGUGGGUCUCUGCAUACAUCUGAGACCGAGGAGACCAACCCUGGUAAUGGCUGGCGAGUUCGAGUCGUCGGCAAGCCUCGGAAAGCGGGCAACCUCCGUCGAAUGGUCAAAUAAUACGUAUGUUGGGAGCUGCCCCAGCGCACCUUCAGCUCCAUGGAAGAAGAAGAAGAAGAAGAAGAAUAAGUGAAGGAAAGAUCUCCUCAAAAGGGAAGUUCAGUUCCAAGAUAAUAUGCUGUACCUUCUACAGAUAUUCCAUAUUUAUCCGCACAAUUCGGGAAGUGCCCGAGAUCUAUGAUGCCAAAUGAGAUGUUCUUGUUCGAGUAUCUGCAACCAGAAGGAGAGAAGUUCCAAGUCUCUCAUCAGAUCGACCUGAGCUUUUCUGGGUGAGGUGAGAGACCAUGAAAUCUAGAGUGAGAAAGCUCAGGUGGAAGACUCACAUGACGGAGAGCUCGGGCAGAAGACGGCUCGUGCGGAUGCAUCUGGAGGAGAACUGAUUACGGAAUUCCACCUGCAGAAGAACAUGGAACCUAAUCAUUGACCUACUCUCUGAAGGAUCAUAUCCAAGAACAGACAGUCAGAUCAAUCAGCGGACAUAAGGUGUGGCUGUUCUUGGCAUACUUAAAAUAGUCUGAUACAGAAGGAGAUAGAUUAAACCACUCAUUUUGGAUCAAUUCUGAGUUGGGUGGUGAUAUUAUGUUUCGUGUUCAAAAAUGACACCAAAUGAUUGUAUGAGGUUAUUCUAACGAAAAAAGAAAAAAUGGUGUCAGGUUUGGUGCGCCACGGUAGGUGAUGUACUGACCUCAGGAGCAAGGAAGCUAGGUAAAGAUGCCUAAAAUCAGAAGCCAGAGAGUAUUUCUAUUACUUCUAAAGACACCCUCCACAGGUCUUUAGAACACUGAUUUUGCCCCCAAGGGACCCAUGAGGGUGAGGAGACAGUGAUGGUCUCGUGUUCUAGAAGCUAGAGCAAUCUGGCUCUCUCACGAUAGCUGAGAGGUUGAGCUUGCAUGGUGGGCCAACACUAGAGGAAACACAGUUGUUAGAUCACAGUUCCUGCUUACAUAUAUAUAGCCCGUGAGCACAGACAGUACUAGGUGCAUAUGACUCACCAGCCAAUAUCUUGAGGUGCCUCCUUCAGUCAACAAUGUUUCUAGUUGCAGAGGCGUCAAUUUACAUGAAUCACCUAAAAGACAAUUGAAAAUUUGAGAUCCCAUGUGAUUUAAUUUUCUCCCUUCUUGAGGAUAUAAUGAAAUAAAUAAAUAAGAGCCUGCUUCAUAUGGAAUAUAGAAAUGAACAAUGCAUUUGAGACUAAUCAUUGACGCAACUGUGAUGCAACUCUGAACCGGUAAAUUUAUCGAAAACAUCAUCUUUUUCCGUCCCAUUUUUCUGGAGUUCUUUGAGACAUUCAGCACAGCUUCAUUUCAUUAAAGCAUGAUUAAAGCACUUAUAACCAAAUUGAUUCAAUUUAAAACAUAGUUUACAACAUAUUUUCACAGCAUAAUUUUAGUAAAGGAGUAUCCUGAAUGCAUCACACCGUAAAUGGCGCAUUUAAGGAGAUUGAUAAACCUGUUUUGAUGAAUUUCAGCUAUUUUAUGAUUUUCUCAAAAUUUUAGACAUUUCCGGUUGGAAGAAUUCAUACCCGAGGUCUCACAUUCACUGACCAGGCACACCUAGACUCCCAAGGCCUCCUUUUAUGGCCGCUAGUUGUUUUUCUGCUCUCCAUGGUCAUUCAUCAAACUUUAAUUCACUACCAAAUUCACCAGCCUAAACUAAAAUGGUUGAAACUGCUCUGAAUUUCCUAUAGAACUCCCUUGUUGUUUCGUAUGGACAUAAUAUAACCCGAAUUCUGAGUCACCAGGAUGACCUCACAAUACCUCGCUGUCUCCUAUGUAUUUAUUUUUGAAGAGGUGACAUCUACAGCAUGUAGAUUCUGGUCCUUUUAGUUUAUUGGAUGUACCUGAUAUGAGCAGUAGUCAGAAAGACAUCCUAGACCUCAAAAGUUUAUAUUUGAUUAAGACAGGAACAGGUUUUUACUGAUGGUCCUGCAUAAAUUAAGCUUCCUAAGUGCACAGAUGAUAACAUUUUUAUUGAUAUGACUUGCUUACUACAUUAAAUUAUGGUCACCAGGCUGAAUCUCUUUCUUCAAAAUCAGACCACAAAACGGAUCCCCACAAAAAGUCAGAGAACUCAGAAUAACAGCAUUGGGCCCCAUAGCAAAUGCCGAAAGAAAGGGAAAAAAUAGAAGAAAUCAUGAUAAAACAUGGAGAGGAAAUCAUACUUAACUAAUGAAUGCUACACAACAUUUUUAUUGGCAUGAUCUACUUACUACAUUAAAUUAUGGUCACCGGGCUGAAUUUCUUUCUUCAAAAUCAGACUACAAAAGGAAUCCCAAGAAAAAAAAAACACAGAACUCGGAUUAAUAGCAAGAGACAUGAAGAGGAAAUGAUAGUUAACUAAUGGUAAUAAAAUAACAAAAUCUAAGAGUCAAAUGUAUUCGACAAUCUAAUGAUACUUCAAAUUAAGAAUCUAAUGAUAUCUUAAAUCAUAACCUUAAACAGGUGAAUGUCCUUGCUCAGAUAUUGACAAUUCAUGGAUUACUUUCAUCGGAUGUUAAUCCAUAUCUAUAAGAAGAAUCAAGAAGAUAGUUUACCUAAAUUAUCACAGCUUGGUUGUUGAGCCAAAACAAAUAUCACUGCGAGAAAUACAAAAAUGGAAAAUCAAAGUCAAUUUAGCAAAAUCAAGAGUAAAUUCGUUUACACAACCGAUUUUUAGAUGGAGGACAAUAGACAGAAUUUAAUAAAGAAGAAAACAAAAAAGGUACAACAUAAACACUGGAAAAAAAUGCCAAUAUAAAAAUAUAGUAAAUUUAUGCAUAUAGGUUCAUAUAAUCAGAACCCAAAUACCAGCUGAGCCAAGCAAGAGCCUGAAGGAGAGGAAGAUGACUGGAGGCUAUAAUGCUAUUUACGAUUAUUUGGAGAGAGAGAUUCAAAAAGAAUUUGAGAGCUGAAACAUAUUUUUUAAGGGAGAAAUAGGGUAACUGACUUUUGGGUUUCGUUUGCUGAACUAGGAAAAAUGUUAAUUUUAAAGUUUACAAAGAUUCAAUGAAAGGAUGUCAUCUUCUCUAGAAUUUUCCAUAAAGUCAGACUUUCAUUCUACCUAAAUUAGCAAUUCAUAGUUGUCAUUCUAUGGGUGUCAUCCAAGUAAUCAAUCUUUGCCUGUUAUUACUUUACGUGCUUCUGGAUGAGCAUACGUGAAAAAGUAUGUUCUUGAUGAAAAUAGUUAAAAAACAUCAUCUAAAAUUAAGUAUCAAUUAAAUGGAUCACCUGAUUACAAGCAGAGAAAACCAAAGCCAUUGGAAAAAUCUGAAUAGUUAAAAAGAAGGAAAAAAAGAGUUCACUUCUAAAACGUCUCUGCAGGGAUUGAAUAUCAGAAUAAUUAAUGAUUCAACGAGUCCGACCCACCCUUUUUUUUCGGAUGGCAUUGUUUUGUGGAUAUGCCUGUAAGCAAUAAGAACAAAACAUUUUGAUGUACUUAUUUGCUUUCGAAUGUCAGACCGAUUUCAUUCACAUCCUAAAACAAACAUGCCUUGGGAAGGAAAAGGUAGAAAUAUAAGGAAAGCAUGUUCUGCUGAGAACCUUUCAUCAGAUUACCAUUUCUUCCAUCAGAAAAUCAUGAUUUGCUAAAUCAGUUGAUUGUGUUCCAAUUGGAUAAUUCAUAUAAGAAUCGAUCGCCUCUCACUAAUGAGAACACAGACAAGGAAAGAGAACCAACAGGCCCCACAAGUACCUAUGAAGGGGGAAAAAAAUUAGAGGAAAAUGAGAGAAAAAAACUAUAAUGAAUGCCACUUCCGUCACUUGUGCUGCCACAAUCAACCCCAGGGGUUCCACCUUUUUCCUUUCAUCUCACCUCCAUCAUGAAGACGAAUUAAGGUUAUGGGGUUGGGAGUAUUGACAAAGUGGUAAAAAUAUAAAGGUAGAAAAGUCAAUAUGUUAAUAUUAUUUUAAAAUGUUUUCCUUAAUACUUAAAAAAAAUAUAAUUUAAAUAUUUUAAAGAAUUGGUUCUUCCUUUUAUUCCCAUUACAUGGAUCAACUUAAUUCCCAUUUCCUUUUUGUUAAAACACAUGAUACUUCUAGAACAUUAUUGGAGGAUCAGCUUCCAUAAUGUGAGAUUGUACAGGAAUCAGUGCACAACCAACAACACCAUAAUAAACAUAAUCUAUUGAGCCCAAAAUUUGUGGCAGUAACAAUGUACUCAACAGCUGUUCUGAAUAAAAAUCAAAGAAAAAUGGCACAACCAAAGAAAAAACUGUGCAUGAAAAUAAUCACUAUUUAAGUUUUACAUAUCAUUCUAAAAGAAAUUACAAAGUUAACGCACAAAAGUCAUACCUAGGAACCCGAUUAGGUAACAGAUGGCCAGGUGAUAGUCGAUGAGCAAUGCAAGUACAAAAAGGAAAGCCUGAAUAAGCAAGUUCAAACAAGAAAACAGAUAAGGCGUUUAAUAUUGAACGAACAAAAGAAAAAUUAAGAGAAGGUGACAUCUGAUAGCCCUGACUCUGUUUCCAAAAGUUUUAUCCUCACUGAAUCCGUAUAGAAUAUGAUCAUAGCGUAUAUGGUGCCAGUUAGGCAUCUUCCAGACAUAUAUGUGGAAUGAAUAAAUUUCAGAAUAAUCAUCCAUGGCAAGGAUCAUAAAAAAACCUUGGCAUAGAAUACAACAUCUGCGAUGUAAGCCUCCUGACUUUCUUGAUUGACCGCCUGCAUAAAAAUCACGUUGCAGAUUAAUAAGUCAUGCCAAAUUCAAAAUUUUCAAGUUAAAUUUCAUUGUGAUUUUAUUUAUCACGUACAUAACUAGACCGAUAAAGGUAUGAAUAAGCAUUAUCGGAAGGGUUCCGGAUCAAUCCCCCCAUUCAUUAUAAAUUGAAACAGAGUGAACAUGCUACCUUUACGACAGCCAGCACCAAAAACGCGAGAAUCGCUUGAAUCUCCUAAGCAGAUGAGAAAAGCAAGAGAUUAGAUCAUACUUCCCCAGAUAAAUCUUAAAACAAAAAUCCAUUCAUUCGUUGAUAGUUUAAGUGAGAGGGAUCAAGCUCAUUAAGUAAUUCCGGGAAACUCCAAGAAAGGCUUACCCGGCGCAGAAGGCGGACAUAGUUCUCCCGAGAGGAGAAGAUCUCGGUCGCUGAGCUGCGUGCCACGAAGUAGGAGAAGAAGGCGAGGAAGUGAAGCAGGUAGAAGGGCUCCCUCACUAGCAGAUCCAGCCAUGGCAGUGGGUGUGGCUUCUUCGCCCCAGCUGUCGCCGUGCUGGCCUCCAUCUAGCUCCCCCUCCGUCUUCUCACUUCUCGGGAAAACCGGUCUUCCUCUGUUACAUCACUAACCCAUCGGACGGAUGAUAACGCCUCUGAUUGAAUUCGCAGACCCGUUCAGAUCCGAUCUAAGCCGCCUUUGGGAAACGAUUUAAUGGUCGGCUUCUCGGAAUCAGCUUUUCUGAUUCCACGAAAACCGGAGGGAUGAAUUGGGCCGGCCAGGUCGAUUUUACGUUAAUGGACUGGGCCUGUAGAAAACUGGCCCAUUUGAAGCCCACACCAUCCUACCCGUAUCCAUUUUCCGAAAUAUAAUUUAUAUUAUGGACAUUUACUUUUUAUCCCUCAUAAACUUAUUUUAAAAGAGGGUAUUAAUACGAUUAAAACCAUCAUUUGGGAAAAAAAGAAAAGGAAAAUGUCCCUCUCUUCCCGAUAGAGAUCGACAUCCCCACGUUCUGUAGUGCCGUACCCACGAGCGGGUUUGAUAAUGGACCCAGCCCGUUACAUGCACUGGACCGGCCCAAUAAUUCGCACGUGCGAUGGACUGGGUCGUCAGCCAAGGAAAGCGUGAAGCGGGCGUCCUCCCUGUCCACGUGAGGGUGGGGCGCCACCGGCCUCGUCGAGUUUUCUGUGCCGCGGUUAACCAGGCGUUAUUUAUGUCCGCAUUUAUGCUCGCGUUUAGCCGACCCACCACCGCGGGCAAGCGAGGCCUCGUGGGAAGAUGCCGCCGCCGGCGCCACCGGCCAACCGGCGAAGAAAAGGGGGGGACUCGGCGGCGCUUCACGUGCGCCCCUUCGGGGCGGCGCACAUGGGCGGGGCCGGCGGAGGAAGGAAGAUCAGAAGCUGGUUAGAAUUCAGGCGGAGAAGGAACAUCCAUCCGGAAAGGGAAACAGGGGAAGGGCGGAGGAAGAGGAGGGCAUGUUCUUCUUCUCUUACUCUUCUUCUUCUUCUUCUUGUUCUCUAAUUAAGGGAAUGGAGGAGCGUGGGAAUCAGUGGCACUUGCCUGCGUGAGAUGGGGCGCCGGAGAUGAGGGCCUCGUGGAGGUUGCCGGGGGGCGGCAGGGACUGUUGCUCCUUCUGGCGGCGCAGCUCGAGGACCUUCCGGUGGGAAUUGGAGUGCUCGGAGAGGGAGAAGGUGGGGCUCGCUGCCGGUCGGUACUCGGGAACCAGCCGGCCGGACUUGUACCUGACGCCGCAGGCGUUGCAGAGGGUCUUCGGGCCCAUGGGGCCGGCCCGCCACUGGGGGGUCUUGUCGGUGUCGCAGUGGAGGCACUUCCGGCCGUCGCCGGUGGCGCCGGAGGCGGCGGCGCCAGGCCCUUGGGAGGCCUUCUUCUUCGCCGGCUCACCGGCGGCGGCGGAGUCGGAGGAAGAGUUGGCCGCAGAGAUGACCAGGAGGCUGGAGGACCAGCAGGUUGGCCCCGGGCGGCGGCGCUUGGUCCGGGCCUUCCCGAGGAUGUGGGCCUCCUGGCGAAGCAAGGCGGAGGAAGACGAGGAGGACUUGA